AUGCGCGGCUCGUCUUUCGCAAUCUGGACGCUGCUAGCGGCAUCGCCAGUGGUUUGCGACAGAUCGCAGAAGCCGCCUGGCAAGGAUGCGAUCCUUUUGUCCAACGUUCAAACAUUGACACUUCGCGCAAAUCGUCAAACCACAGCUCGACGUGUCUCUCCAGUUCCUCAGCUCACUUGCGUCGGUCCAUCCAAGAAAAUCUGCAAUCUAUAUCAAGUUGAUGUCAUGCGGUGUACAAAUGAUGGCUACGACUACGACGCGGAAGAUGUACAGUGGUCAUGUACCGCUUCAUUGCCCAGCGAGUUCAAGCUUGGCGCAACUGACGUCAUAUGUGAAGGAUAUCGCAGUUCCGAAGACAAGUGGGUCUUGAAAGGCAGCUGCGCAGUCGAAUAUCGAAUGCUUCUCACUGAAAAAGGCGAGCAGCGCUUUGGAAAGGCAAGCGAUGAGUAUGACUGGCAGUCGAUGUUUAGCCGGGGCACAAAAGCCUCGGGGCGAGGUGGGAAACGACUCGUGGAGAGUAUAGGGGACAUUCUGUUCUUCGGGUUCUUCGCUGCCGUCAACGGGGUGGCCACAGAGGGAGGGCUGCGAGAGGACGAAGAGGAUGGGGAGGAGGCGGUGGUGGAGGAGGUGGUGGGCAUGGAGGUGGUGGCUCUGGUAAUGGAGACUAUCCAGAGCCUCCGCCACCGUAUAGCAGCACCUGUUCUGACGAUGCCUCCAGUUUUGGAUUUGGGAGUCCAACAUCUUCGCAGGGGUGGCGACCGGGCUUUUGGACAGGAGCUCUCAGCGGCGCCGCAGCGGGAUACGGGCUGGGGCGUCGUGGUGCAAACACCAACCGCAGUUUCUCGCAGCAAGGGAGACCCAUUUUUGGUGGACAAAGGGACCAUGACAAUGGGGAAGGAAGUUCUUCUUCGCAUCCAUCACCCUCAUUCUCGUCAACUUCAACAAGUACUGGCUUCGGGUCGACAAGGCGCAGGUAGUUAG